GAACUUAUGUUUUAAAGUAAUAAACCUUUUUCCUAGAGAGCGACAUUUUGAUUUUGUGAGCCUUCUCUCACCUCGAAAUUGGAAGUAGCACAGAGUGAUUUCAUGGGCGGGUUAGUUUCGCUCCGCCCAAGAUAGUUGCGCUGCUGUUACUUAACAACUCAACAAAAAUAUAUACCUUCACAAACAACUUGUCUUGUACGUCACAAUUACACUUCUUAAUGGACUUAGGGUUUCUUUGAUUCUCUCUCUCUCGCGCUACUAUCUCUCCUCUAGUAUCUUGACAGAAGUUCUUCCAAGUCCUAUAAAAAAUCUCAGGUUCGCACUAGCUGGAGCCCAGAAGAAGCAGACAAUUAACAUUCAAGUACUUCUUUCUGGUGGGGAGUCCCCUGAAACAGUAAAGAGGGUAAUAGUUGGAACGCGAAUGAGGAGAUUUCAAGAACGCGUGCUAGGAAUCAACAGGACUGGCAUUUCUAUCUCAGUUAGUGACAUUUGGCUGCUAGGAGUGUGUUACAGUCUAUCAAAUGAAGAUUCGUCCUCAGAUCCAAUCCAGAGCCACAGUUUUGCCGCAUUUGUUGAAGAUUUCGAAUCAAGAAUUCUAAUGACAUACCGCAAAGGGUUUGCGGCCAUUGGAGAAACAAAGUAUACUAGUGAUGUGAACUGGGGUUGUAUGCUUCGAAGCAGUCAGAUGCUUGUAGCACAGGCACUCAUUAUCCACAGGCUGGGCAGAAAUUGGAGAAAAUCGUUAGAGAAGCCACUGAAUAAAGACUAUAUUGAGAUCUUACACUAUUUUGGUGAUUCUGAGGCAUCAGCUUUCUCCGUACACAACCUUCUUCAAGCUGGAAAACACCUUUCUCCUGGAUCUUGGGUAGGCCCGUAUGCAAUGUGUCGCACUUGGGAAGCUCUAGCACAGAGUAAACUGGGAGAAACUGAACUAGGAAAUCAGUCACUGCCGAUGGCUAUGUAUGUUGUCUGUGGUGAUGAAAAUGGGGAACGAGGUGGAGCUCCUGUUCUUUGUAUUGAAGAUGCAUCUAGACUUUGUCGUGAAUAUUCACGAGGUCAAGCUGACUGGACCCCUAUUCUUUUGUUAGUUCCACUGGUUCUAGGGCUUGACAAGCUGAAUCCCAGGUACAUUCCGUUGCUAGUUGCAACAUUUACCUUUCCCCAGAGCCUAGGGAUCUUGGGUGGUAAACCUGGUGUAUCAACGUACAUUGUUGCUGUGCAAGAUGACAACGCCUUCUACCUUGAUCCUCAUGAAGUUAAGCAGGUAGUUGAUAUCACGCAAGAUAAUCUUGAAGCCGACACUUCAUCUUAUCAUUGCAACAUCAUUCGACAAAUUUCUCUUGAGUUGAUCGAUCCAUCCUUGGCAAUUGGAUUUUAUUGUCGAGACAAAGAUGAUUUUGAUAAUUUCUGUUCGCGGGCUUCUGACCUAGCGGCUCAAUCUAAAGGUGCUCCAUUACUCACGGUUAUGCAAUCACGCAACUCAACACAGACAGCAGAUGACUAUGAGGCCUCAUGUGACACUGUAGGAGUUCAUGACCAUGAUCCCUUUGAUGCUGUACCCACAGCUGAUGCAGACAAUAUUAGUACACAGGAAGAUGAAUGGCAACUGCUCUGAUCUACUAUAUACUGUCUGGGUUUGAACUCUGAAGCUUACAUUUUUAGGAUUGUGAACAUGCAUAUAGUUUCUCUGUUUUUACAUAUUUUUUAGUACUCAGUUCAACCCCAAACACUCAUUCUUCCACUUUCGGUCUGAACAAAAGAUCUGAUAUUGUUUACACUGAUAAUGUGGUGGUAUGUGGUACCUAUGUUAAAAUUGUAGAAUCCAUCAGUAGAAUGUACAUUUGUUACAAGUCAGGCUUCUGGAUUGAAUAUAAUUCAGGGUAGAAAAUAUAUAUAUAUAAUAAUAUAAAUUCUUGCUUGGAUUA